AUGGACCAAGAACAGCCAGCACAGCAACCUCAGCUCCAACAGGAUGACCCCUCCGACCACUCCAAACCAACUGGCAAAGCCCCAGUUGUCAGAGGUGCCAGAGCAUGCACGGUCUGCAGGCAGGCAAAAAUGAAAUGUGUCGGCGCCGACGACGCUAACAACAUCCCAUGUCAACGCUGCAAGCGCGCAGGCUUAGAUUGUAUAUUUGAGAAACACCGCAGGGGUCGCAAGCCUGGCUCCAGGCUAUCCGAAGCCUCCAAAAUGCUGCGUCGCUUAGAAAAAGGUUUGAAUAACGCCAAACAGAAGUCGACAAAGGACUCCGUUUCCCUCCCGUCUAUUGCCGGUGCUUCCGCAGACGGCCGGUUUCACUUCGACCUUGCAAGCGGUUCUCGUUUUCCGAACAAUGAGCUUCCCCCUCUUAACCUUCCCCCUCACUUCCAGGAAGGCUCCCCUCGAGACGGUCAAGAGUCCGAAUCUGACGUCGAUGAAGAUGACGAAGACGCAGGCCGCACCGAGGGUGGAAUGUAUCCCGCCAGGCUCAUAAAAAAGGAGAACCAGCGCCAUUCUUUCUUCAAGACCAUUCUCAAUCCAGAAGUUGAGCCUGCCCGUCCAGGCGGUUCAGACCGUAGUUACUCCCAGGCUAACACACAGUCACCUCCCGCGAACAGUCGGCUUGCCAACGAAUCAUCUCCCUUCUACAACAGCAACCCUCCGCUCAAGGACCCCAUUGCGGCCGGUAUGAUUGACGAUAAGACUGCCCAUGAUCUUUUCGACAUGUUCUUCAUCCGGCUUAACCAGUUCAUCAAUUUGUUCGACCCCGCCCUGCACUCUGUGGAGUAUGUGCGCUCGCGCUGCCCGUUCCUCUUCACCGCGAUAAUUAUGGGGGCCUGCAAAUUUUUCAAACCGGAAUUGUACAUGCCUAUGCUGCGACUCGCACACGAGUUCGCGGUGCGUGCGUUUGCAGAGAACUGGAAACGUGUGGAAGUGGUGCAGGCAUUCGCGUGCAUGACAUACUGGCGCGAACCGGAGGACACCCGCACCUGGACCUACAUCGGCUACGCGUGCAGGAUGUCCGUCGAGCUCGGGCUUAACCGCUAUGUCGGCAAGCGCACGACGUACGAGAGCGAUUACGAGAUGCGUGAGCGCCGCAACAAGGAGCGCACGUACCUCGUGCUUUUCGUGCACGACCGCAGCCUGUGCAUGCAGACCGGCAAGCAGUGGAUGCUGCCCGAGUGCAAUCUCGUCAAACAUGCGGGCACUUGGCAUGAAGAGGGGGGCUCGCAGAUCCGCCCGGAGGACGUCAUUCUCGCCGCGUUCGUGCAUCUCAGACGUAUCGCGGGCGAGAUUAUCGACAUCUUCCAGAUGCGCCAAAGUGUUCCCGGCUCGCACCAAGGAGACACUGAGACCGACAUGCACCUGAAGACCCUUAAUUCGAAAUUGGACCAGUGGGUGCAGCAUUGGCAGAACGAGAUGCAGAGAGCUCAUGGGGAGACAUUUCAUUUCUCCUUUCUGAGGUGCUUCCAGCAGUAUGUCCGCGUGUUUCUUAACAGUUUCGGCGUCAACACGUCACCGACUCCUCCGAGCAGUGCUUUUAGCGAUGUGCGAGCGCUCAAUACAUGCUACGCCAGUGCUAUGGACAACCUCCAGGCAGUCGCGAAAGAUUUCGCCUCCAUGAGCGUUCUGCGCUACGGCCAAGACUCUAUCACUGUGAUGACGGCAUACUCCGCAAUUUUCCUGCUAAAGCUUCUCCGCAGUGCCAAUAGGCUUGAGGAAUUGAAGGACAACGCACAGGAUGAGAUUUACGGCAUGAUCACCAAGACGGCAGAUGCGUACCAGGAGGCGGCUGCGCUGUCGCCGGCCUCCAGCUCCGCAGCGUAUCACUCGCGCUUCCUGCGCAGCUUGGUUACCAACGAUACUUACAAGCAGAGACAGCUGCAGCAGGCCGAACAGGAGAAACACAAACAGGGCUUACCGCCUCCUGGACAUCGCCCGCAAGCUUCGUUCGGCCCGGCAGCUCAGCCAACGCAAAACUACUCGCCGGUGCAGAUGUAUCCUCCAGUGACGGUACCAUUGUCGGUCCCAGUCGAUCGUCAUCCACAGAUGGACCGGCAUCCACAGAAUUACCACUACUCACCGUCCCCCAACGUUCCGACGCCACCUCUCGUGGGGCAAGGGCCUUCGCCUGCAUCGUCAACUUCAAUCCCCUCGCAGCCAUACUCAUACGCUCGCGAACCCGAAUACGCGUCCACUUCGCCGGAGUCCGCAGGGCGCAGCGGGGCGCCCAGCAACUACGGCUACUCCGGUCCCUCGGUGCCUCCGUCGACAGCCUACGCCCAGCACCCCGCCCAGCCAACAUCCUUUUCCGAGCUAGUGUAUUGGCACCAAAUGUUCAGGGAGGCUGGCAUGAGCGAUGGCGCGGACUCGGCGUAUAUGGCGGGGUACCCGAGUUACGGCGUGAACGACGGCAGCGCCCCUGUUUCCAUGGCUAGCGGGUAUGCUCCAUCCACCCCAUCGUACCGCGAGCCUCACCACGGUUAUGCGCACCCGCAAUACCAGCAGUACCCGAUGAUGAACGGAUACCCUGCGCCGACCACGUUCAAUGGUCGUUGA